CGCGCUUAAGGUAUCUUAUGUAAGAUUUCAAACUCUUUUGUCCUCCCUCAGCAGGUACGGCACUGCUCCAGUACGUCUCCACUCACGUCCGCAAGUAUUCCAUAGGCUUGUUCGACUUUCAAAACUAGCAAUGCCGCCAUUGGUAGAUGAGGAUGUCGUGGAGGAUUCGGAGCCGGAGAGGGAGGCCCUCAGACAGAAAAGGAGGCUGGAGCGGAAGAAGAGAAAAGAGGCCAAAGAACUGCAUGUUCAGACGGUGGCAUCUGUCAUUGAACUGUCCGAUGAUGACCAGAGCGAUGUACCUCCUGCAUCUGCAUCGAUUGGUAGCGUCAUUGAAAUAUCUGACGACAGCGUAUCAGCCGUUUCAUCUCAUUCUGUGCUUGUUUACACCUCGCUCGCUCAGAACAGUAGAAACUCUGCCAAAGAGGUCUCUGAAGUGGCACCAGUCCGCGCGUCCCCCUUCAAGCCACCAUUGCUCAAGAAGAAAUAUACACUCCCUAUUCUGAAUGAUUCGGCGAUAUUCAACGACUCUCUCGCGAAUGAAGAUGGUGAUGAACCGGGUUUAAAUUUGGCUCGGUUUGCUUUCACAGCGCCGCCGAUGCGAAAGGCGUCAUCAUCAACCGUUACCUCACGCGCCGACAGUGUGGAACCAAUCUUAAAACCCGCAGCCACCAAGAAGUCGCUUCGUGCGGAUCGAUUUGCUGGGGACUUUACCGACGCGCAGCUCGGAAGUCUUUUGAAAUGUGUUUGCUGUAACAUAUCUUGGACCACCAGGAAGAGUGCGGCCCAAAAGAUGAAGCAUGUUCAAUCAUGUGCUAAGAAAAACCAUUUCACCGACUCUGCCGUCCGUGAACGUAUCCGUCAGGCACUGGAGAGCACAGAUCUAGAAGAUGUCCCUACCAAGGGUAAAGGUAAAGCGAAGGGACAAGACCCUUCCGUACCAGAAACAUAUUUCCAUGACAUUGUUCAUGAUGCAGGACCCAGGAAGCGUACUAAACGUGUUGAUGUUCCGGGUACCGUGAAAACCCUUGUCGAUACUCGCGACGCUAUCCUUCAGAAAGCGGAGGCUAUCAUCGGGCAGAGUGCCUCAUCCAAGGUUCAUCUUUUGUUGUCCGAGGAGAAUGACCGUGAAAUCAUGGCCACGCAGCACUUCGGCCGUAGCGCCUUUGCGGAGCGUAUGGCCUCUGAUGAUUUACCUAUGCAGCAUGACCCAUUGCACCCGGGCAGUGAUGCAGAGCCGUAUCCGGCCACACAAGCUUUUGGACCAUCCAAGUUUGGUGUAGAGCCUGCCACUCCCACCCCACCGUCACCAUCAAUUGACGAGGCAUUUCCCGCUACACAACCAUUUGCUCCUUCCAAACUCGGAUCACUACCGAUAAUGUCUUCGGGAUCAUCUUCUUCCUCAUCAUCUCGCUCAAGUCAUUCCCCUAUUGCACCGUCACUUUCACUCACUCCGUCCAGCUCAAACGCACCAUCUCCCAAGUCUCCCUUAGAUACAGCUAAUCGUCUUCUUCCACUAGAUGACGAGUUGCCUCUAGAAGAAGGCUACCAUUCUGAUCUCAGCGACGCAUGUCUACAUUUCUACCCCGAUCUAGAUAAUCGCAUCGAAAAUUCUAGCCCAUCAACAACGCAGUCAACACCUGUUCUAUCCGCUAAAGGAAGAAAUAAGAAAGUGACAUCGACAACGUUAGAGAAGAAAUCUUCCGCAAAAGAUCGAGGCAAAGGCAAGGGCAAAGAAGUUAAGAAGCGCUGGAAAGAGGAUGAUUUUAAUGCCAGCUGGGAAAAAGAGCUCAAAGAGAACAUAAUGAGUGAUACGGAACUCUAUCAACGUAUCUUGCGAUAUGAGCCAAUUGAAUUCUGCGUUUUUGAGAGACUCGCGGGCGCCGAAGACGACAGACCAGCGAAUGGCGUCUUUACCUUGAAACUACGACGUUUCCUCGACGAUCAGGCUAUCCACUUCUAUAAUAGUGCAACCCCUCGAGGCAGACGCGGAAAACGUUGAGUUCCCGUGAUUCUACAAUGUAUAGUACUUAAUCAUUAUAUCUAAA